AUGACAACCUACUCAGCAUUCUUCUCCUCAGGCCUCCUCGCUCCUCAUCAUGCCUACUUCUCCUCUGCAUCCCCACAUACACCUACAAAACAACGAGCAGACAGCUACCUCUCACCAAUAACAACCCCAUCUCCAGCCCGCCCGUCGUCGCCUAUGCCUAUACCAGACGACAGCGACGUUGAAUUUGGACUCGACAUGGAUGUUGAUAGGGAUGCUACGCCGACACAAACGCACCGGGGCACACUCACUAGCACGAGUCAGAGUCAGAAUCACGUCCUCCCCAGACAACAGUCCCAACCCCGCCUACGCAAACGCCGCUCAAGCAUCACGCUAGCAGCCUCACCCAUGAAUGCUAUUCGCUCUCCGGCACGUACAGCGGGUGCUGCGCUGCAGUUACAACGACACCUCCCUCCUCCUCCUCCCGGUGGGUUUGGAGGAUCGCGGAGUCGCAGCGGGAGCCUCGUCCAAGCGGGAGAACUUGCCCUUGGACUUGGACUUGGUGGGAAUGAUACCAAGGCGAGGCCCGUACCACCCCCUACUGCGCCCCUCCCCGCGUUACCCAUACCUCAAGCGGGACAGCGUAUGGCGUUCGCCCCUGUUCCACAAGCUCAAGUUCAAGUUCAAGGAGUGCCCCUCGGUAUCAAGGCUAAGACACGCGCCAGGGGCCUCUCCGUCGUACAGAGUGAGAGGAUUGACGAGGAGAUGAAGGAGAAUUGA